AUGCGAGACUGGAACCCCUUCAUAGCCUGUGCCUACGGCGCACUCUUUGUCGCAUCUCUGAGCGUUGUCAUUCAUACAUUUGUUCGUCGAAGUCGGAUUCCUGUGGGCUUAGAAUGGGCUGGAAGACGCUUAGAAUGCCUGGGGGAGAUCAGGGCAUGUCUGCGCGAGUACACUGCGGGGAUUACUACACUUCUCUCUGGUUACAAGAAAUUCGGGUUGAAUGGCAAAGCGUUCAUUGCGCCUGGAACUGGCUUCCGGGCUGAGGUUAUGCUACCCCCGGAACAUAUCAAAUGGGUGGUUGAUCAGCCCGACGACAUCCUGUCCCAUCAUGAAUUUCAGGCUGAAACAACGGCCAUCAAGUACAUUGUACCGGGAUUGGACCUUUACACUCCUGCUGCUGCUGUCGAGGCGCUUCGAACUCACCUCACACGCAGUCUGGGGAAGAUCCAGCCGGACCUUGUCGAUGAGCUGCGUCGUGCAGUUGAUGCUCAGUUCGGGAUGAGCACGGAGUGGAAAGAGAUGAAAGUGCACGAUACACUGAAUGAGAUCAUCUUUCGAACAAGCGGCCGCGUUUUCUUUGGUGAAUCUUUGACUCGCGAUAACAAGUUCAUUCGUAACCUCAUGGGCUUGUCUACCUGGUUUGGUGCCGGCAUACUCUUUGUCGGCCAGCUGUGUCCGUGGCAAAUCAAGCGGAUUGUCGGUUCUGUGUUCUGCAUUCCAUUGAUGUAUUAUCGCGCAGUCUGCACGAGUUACUUAUUACCCUAUUUCCUCGAGCGAUUCGAAAAGAUGCAACGCAAGAGACAGGAUCCGUCUUUUGACUAUGCUCCGCCGGAAGAUUUAGUUACCUGGACAUGCCGCGCGGCAUUCGACCUGAAAAGUGAACAUUUGACCAGUGAAAAGGAAACGGUCCAAAAAUUCACCACUCUGGUCGCAGGAGCUAUUUCGACAUCCACAGUCGCAUUCAGCAACGCCAUACUCGAUCUUGUUUCGUCAGAUCCUCAGCAGAACUACUAUCAAAUACUGCGCGAGGAAUGCGAGUCAGCCUUCCAGACCGAUGAUGACUGGAAUAGCUCAGCCACACUUUUGAGGUUACAUCGCUUGGACAGUACACUUCGUGAGACUCUUCGGCGCAGUGCUUUCAUUUCGCGAGGCAUCUCCCGAAAGGUAAUGCCCAAAGAAGGUGUUGUUCUACCAAGUGGUCAGCAUAUUCCACAAGGCUGGAUGAUCGGAUUCCCAGUCCCGGCCAUCCAUGCGGACUCGCGGUACUACGACGAGCCUGAUGUGUAUAAUCCAUUCCGCUUCAUGCCGACUGAAUCGAGCCCGCGCUCCAUGAUGGUGACUACUAGCCAGACUUUCCUUUCCUUUGGUCACUCGAGACACUCCUGUCCCGGUCGUUGGUUUGCGUCUCACAAGCUGAAAUUACUCCUCGCAUAUAUCAUCAUGAACUAUGAUAUUGAGCCGCUUAAAGAAAGGCCGCUCAAUAUCAUAGCGGGAACUUUCAUGUUUCCUCCUCCAGGUGCUACCAUUCGCCUUCGUCGAAGGGAGACCAAGGCAACUUAA